AUGUUGGGAAGAAACGUUGCUCGAUACGCCUCAGGAGGUCACAGAAAUGUCAGAGCCAUUUCUACCUCUCAAAUAUUGGCAUUUGGAGCCAGAAACAGUGCCAUAUUGAACAGGUUCAAAAAUGAAGAAAUCGAAGCACCUUCCAAAUUGGCCCAGGAGUCCAGUUUGCCUGUGAUUGAACAGGAUUUAAAGACAAAGCCUCGUCAUCCAAGUAAGAAGAUUCCAUUUCUUUCAGAUCACAAGAUCGAGAAUGACCCCAACUACCAAAUGUCGGGCUGGAAGCAAUCGAUUGGCCAAUGGGUCAUCAAAACUUUCCUGAUUGAUAUGGACAAAUCCCGUGCUGGGCCCGUUGCUGGCUCCAUUUACUUUGGAGAAUGCAAGAGACAAGGAUUAUACUAUCCAAAUGAGCCUCUUUCCGAUACUGCUAGUUUCUUCUACGAGACUUUGAAUUUACCCAAGUCGUUUUCUCAGCAGUACCAAAUUGCUUUGCUUCACUACUGGAUUUUGUCGGUAAGAAUGAGAGCCAUGCCUUUCAAGUACGGCAAGAACUACCAGCAGAAGUUGAUCGAUAGAAUGUUCAAGGAUAUGGAAUUGAGAAUGUCCCAGGAGUUGAAGAUUCUGUCCAACAGAAUCAUAGAAAACUAUUUGAAAGAUUACCACACCCAGUUGAUUGGUGCCGUUUUAAGUUACGAUGAAGGGUUGAUGACCGAUGAUAUCACAUUGGCUUCCGCCUUAUGGAGAAACGUGUUCAACGGUAACCCCAACGUAGACAUGAGACACGUAGAGGCCUUGUUAGGCUAUGUCAGAUCUCAAUUAUAUGUGUUGAACAAGAUGUCUGACAGAGAAUUCGGUUUCGGUAAGUUCAAAUUCGUUCCACCUGACCAGGUUGUCCAGCCUUUGACCAAAGCACAAGAAGCUGAUUUGAAAGAAAAAGCCAAGGCUGAGUUCGCGCAACAUACCUUACCUUCUCAAACAAGUAGCUUGUCUUUGGAUGAGUAAACAACAUUCAAACAAUUCAUAUACAUAGUUCCACACAAACUACAUGUACAUAUACUAGCAAUGGAAUGAAUAGAUAUUGUUAACAUAAAUAAAUACACGUAAACAUAGACCAC